GUUCGUGUUUUUUCAAGCUCAAAUACGAAAUGAGUAGUUAUGUGCGCCGCUCGGGCGGCGACAUUGACAGCGAUUUGUCGAAUAUUCUCGUUCGCCAUUUUGUGAAUGCUAUGGAGUUUUGCGUUAAGUAAUCACCCUGAGGUAAUUUAACAGGAUACAAAAUUCUGAACCAUGUCUGAGAAAUCAGUUGCGGGAAAGACAGUGCUUAAGCCACAUGAAGUUGCCAGACCAUUACAUCUACAAAGGCUGGAAGCCGCCUUAGAUAUCCGGCCUUUUGUGAAUCAAGUAGAGAGAAUUCUAAAUUCAGAUGGAGGCAGCUGCAGUGAAGAUGAUUCAGACUCUAUUUUUGAAAAGGAAAUGGGCAGGGGUGAUAAAUUAAUGCAUGGUAUUCUUACUACAAAACAAGAGCGUCUAAGUGAUCGUUCACGUCUUUAUAACUUGGCCUCCGUUGGUGAGGAAAGAGAAUGGCUUCGUGAUAUCUUGCUAUCAUCAAGCAAUGAAUCUAGUAGCGAAGAUGAAACUCCAGCUGCCAAAGAUAUAAGGAUAAAGAGACUGCUGAAGGAGCGACAUUAUCACAAUAAAUAUGCUAGAAAAUAUUAUAAAGACCCAGGAAAUUCACGAUACAUGUACUAUGGAGCAGGUCUACUAUCAACUAUAGAUAGAUACCCAGAGCGUAGGGUCAACCAUCCUCUACCACAACAGCCUGUAUCUAGAGGCCGCAGAGGUCGACCAGCUGAAAGAGGUGCAAUCAGAGGUCUACAGAAAGCUAGAAGAGGUCGAGUCAGAGAGAACAGAGUUGGAGUAAAUGAAGGGAAUGAUAUGCCUGAUGGUAUGGAUUGGGAAGAACAAUUGCGCAAUUUGAAGGAAGAAAAUGAUACUGACGAGUUUACGAUUGUGGAAAAGCCAGGCGUCAGGGGUAGGAAGAAAUUAUCAACAUUAAAGAGUCCCGAAGCACUAACAGCUCGACGCAGACGACACUGGCAGUUGCUGGUGAAGAAGGAACUAGGUAAAGUGCAAAGAGCUCGCGGUGCCGCACAUCGUGAGAUGGUGCUGCACAGCAAGCGCUUGGCUACAUUAUGCUGCAAACAUUGGAGGCAUGUUGCUAUGCAGUCACAAAAGAACAUGAAAGAGACGGUAUGGCGCUGCAAGCGGCUCAGUCGCGAGAUGCAGGCAUACUGGCGUCGGUAUGACCGCGCGGAGCGAGAGACGCGCCGCCGCAUGGAGCGAGAGGCUGAGGAACAGAGAAAGAUGGAUGUAGAACUGAUGGAAGCGAAACGGCAACGACGCAAGCUGAACUUCCUGAUAACCCAGACGGAGUUGUAUGCGCACUUUAUGCAGCGCAAACUGAACGCGGGUGGUGGGGGGGAGGACGACUGCGGCACAGACCGCAUACUGCGACAGUUAGAUGAAGAUCGCGACCCACGGCUUGCGGCCAUAGAUAACUAUGAUAGCGAGGCAAUGAAAGCCCGUGCCUCACGUAACGCGCGGGAGGCGUUCCGUGCGGAGCGUGCGCGGGCGCGGCAGUUCGGUGCGGCGGGGGACACGCCCCCCGGCGACCACGCCCAACCCAAUAUAUUCCGCGGCACGCUCAAGGGCUACCAACUUAAAGGAAUGAAUUGGCUCGCAAAUCUAUACGACCAGGGCAUCAGCGGUAUCCUGGCGGACGAGAUGGGUCUGGGCAAGACUGUGCAGUGCAUCGCGUUCCUGUGCCACGUGGCGGAGCGGCUCGGUGUGUGGGGACCAUUCCUUGUCGUCUCUCCCGCCUCCACGCUGCACAACUGGCAGCAGGAGAUGCAGAGAUUCGUGCCGGACUUUAAAGUCGUACCAUACUGGGGUAGUCCGAGCGAGCGUAAGAUAUUACGUCAGUUCUGGGAGCGCAAAGACCUGCACACGCAGCAGGCGGCGUUCCACGUGGUUGUGACGUCAUAUCAGAUCGUGGUGUCAGACCUCAAGUACCUGAAUCGUGUGUCCUGGCAGUACAUGAUACUGGAUGAAGCACAGGCUAUCAAGAGCUCAGCCAGUAUGAGGUGGAAGUUGCUACUGGGUUUCAGUUGCAGGAAUAGACUACUGUUGUCAGGUACACCGAUACAAAACAGUAUGGCGGAGUUAUGGGCGUUACUUCAUUUUAUAAUGCCGACAUUAUUCGACUCACACGAGGAGUUUAACGAGUGGUUCUCCAAAGAUAUUGAGAGUCACGCUGAAAACAAGAGCACUAUUGAUGAAAAGCAUUUAUCUCGCUUGCACAUGAUAUUGAAGCCGUUCAUGUUGCGACGUAUUAAGAAAGACGUGGAGAAUGAAUUGUCUGAUAAAAUUGAGAUUAUGGUUCACUGCCCUUUAACUAUAAGACAAAAACUAUUAUACAUAGCUUUAAAAAAGAAAAUAAAAAUCGAAGAAUUACUCCAUUAUUCAGUUGGAGCGGAAUCCGGUCAUAAUGUAGAUAAGAAUUUUACAUCUAAUCUUAUGAAUUUAGUUAUGCAAUUUAGAAAGGUAUGUAACCACCCAGAAUUAUUCGAAAGGCGUGACGUCAGAUCUCCGUUCGCGAUGCAAGUUGAUGAUUACCAUAUGCCGAAGUUAAUCGCAGAAGAUGGCAUAUUAUUGCACUCAAUACCAUCCAAACGACAUCUUUUGUACAACAAAUUUUCAGUACUAACCCAGGAGUAUGUACAUAGAAGUAUGGAGGAUGGAAACUGUUUCAGUUUUACAAGAUUCAUGGAUCUCUCGCCUAUGGAGUUGUAUAGGAUUAUGCUUUGUGGAUGGUUGUUGGCAAUACAACAUUUAGAACAAUGUCAAGAGAAAUACGAAAAAUUACGUCACAGGCGAGAAUGGUGGCGGAAUUAUUCGGAAAGUUGUGUUAAACAAGAAAAUAAUGAAUUUUUAGACAUACCACCGAGUUAUUAUGAUAGUACAAACUGUAAAGACAUGUUACUCAUAUGUCCUGACGCUGAUAUAUUGAAGCAGAGAAAACAUGAUAGUUUAUUAUGGAAAGAUUUGCUAUUCACAGAUCCGCGGUGGGUUGAAGGUGGUCCAUUCUAUGCACACACUGAGCACUCGAUAAACUUUAUGGCUGAAACUGUGGAGCACAGAGCGAUGAGAACAAAGAAUAUGAAGACGGAAGGACAGACGGAGAUGCUGCAAGAAAUAAAGACCGAGGAUGGCGGAGUGGUACCUGUGGAGCCGCAGCCCGUGGAGGCAGCGGAGGUGCCGCACGUGGAGCGCCCGCCCAUCGUGCACCCUGACACGCCCACACCGCUCCCAGCUUUCCUAUAUACUGUUCAAGAAAAGGUAUGUGCACACACGCGUAUGUCAUUCGCGGUAUCACGUGCGCACGCGCACCGAGAGGCGGCGCACAGAUGGGGCGGGGCCGCGCUCGCACCGCUCGUAGCCAGCGCGCGCCCGCCCACUGGCUGGGCAUCGUUACAAGUACCAGAUAAGAAUCAACUAGUGAGCGACGCGGGCAAGUUGACAGUAUUAGACUCGUUGUUAAAAAGACUGAAGGAACGCGGACAUCGAGUACUCAUUUAUAGCCAAAUGACCAAAAUGAUUGAUCUCUUAGAAGAAUACAUGUGGCAUAGAAAGCAUAAAUAUAUGCGGUUGGAUGGUUCCAGUAAGAUUUCCGCACGACGAGACAUGGUCGCUGAUUUUCAGGCUAGAACUGAUAUUUUUGUGUUCCUGUUGUCUACGCGAGCUGGGGGAUUGGGUAUAAAUCUCACUGCGGCUGAUACUGUGAUAUUCUACGACUCUGACUGGAACCCGACAGUGGACCAGCAGGCGAUGGACCGCGCUCACCGGCUGGGCCAGACCAAGCAGGUCACUGUGUACCGGCUCAUCUGUCGCGGCACUAUUGAGGAGAGAAUCGUGCAACGUGCCACUGAGAAGAGUGAAAUACAAAGAAUGGUGAUAAGUGGUGGCAACUUCAAACCGGACACGCUCAAGCCGAAAGAAGUCGUGUCUUUAUUGCUGGAUGACGAUGAAAUUGAACUCAAAUAUCGUCAAAAAUCAGAAGAGAAAAAGAUGAUAGAGGAAAGAGAACGAAAGCGAAAACUAGGAAUUCUUUCACCACAACCCGGACCAGUGGAGGCGAAGCGGUCCCGUGAGUCUUCUGAGCCGGGCAGUCCGCUGCAAGUGGAUGAUGAUGAUACACUGGUAGUAGAUACCACGCCACAUCCAUCACCGUUGCCGUACACGAAUGUUCGUACGGGUUGGAGCGGUAUGCGAGCGGCGAGGGGCGCUCGGAGGGGCAGGCCGCGCGGCUCAAGACACGCCUUCUCGCGCCGCCCCCCGCCCGCCGCCAGCCCCGCCCCCGCACCCGCCUCGCCCGGCGCGCCCUCCUCACCCGCAGACCCUGCUGCCAUCGCCGCUGGUGCAGCGUUGCUGCAAUCAGACGCGCCACUAGAGGCGCUGGUGGAGCGGAGUCCUAUGGAGGGUCGCGGGCGGCGCGGACCGGGGCGGCCG